AUGAAAUUUGAGGACGAAAGAGAACUAGAGGGUGACGAGAAUGCAUUCAAGGACAACAUUAUUGACCCACCAUUCCGGACACGAUCGGAAAAACACCACGAUAACAGCCAUGAUGGACGGGCACCGACAAUGACUAUCGAGGUCGUCAGGAUUGGCAGACCCCUGAAAGUACUUUCCCUGCUGCUGGGAAUUUUGGCUCUAGCUCUCCUAAUCGUCACGACCUGCACUUCUAGCUGGAUGAAAGCGGGUCAGGUUCGGAUGGGCGUCAUUCAUGAGUGUGUCCCACUGGAAAACGGUGAAUUCACUUGCUCCCAGACUUCUUGCUUCACGCUUCCAUUCUUCAUUUCAAUGAUCCUGGCUCUAACUGGCCUGGGAUUUCUGUUUGUGGGCGUGCUACUUUUCAUCGCAGCCAUGUUAACCUACGCACUGACCACUAAGAUGUGCCUCUACAACGCGACGCUCGGUGCGUUUAUAAUCUCAGCUAUUACCUACACCGCCUGUCUCGUGCUUCAUCCAGUCUUCUUCCUCAUCCAAUUCUCUGAUGAACAGUUUCCAACUGAGGGACACACGCAUGGAAAAGAAAUUAUCCCAGGCUAUGCCCUUUUCAUUGGCGUGGCGGGAGUCCUCACACUUAUCGUAUCGACGGUUCUCCUCAUCGUCGAUAAACGAGUGGACGAAAUCAUCUAUCGGGAGAAAAUCAACCAAUGA